UAAUCUCAUUGCAGAAUCGAGAAAAUUUUCAGGCCGACGGAAAGAAGGAAUCCAGUCUAUAGACGAAGACGAGGAAAAAUUAAAAGCAAUAAGGUUCAACAUAAGCGAAGUCCUAUUAAAAUCAUCUGUCAUGCCGUUCCGUUGGCUUAGAACGUGUUUCAGGUGUUUUUACUGCUAUGAAAUGUUCGAAAUACCAGACGAACUAAAAACCCAUCAAACGCAACACUCUAAAGACGAUAUAGAAAAAGCAAUUAACAAUUAUUACGAGGAAAAUGUAUUAGUUGAUGUCUCCAAUUUAAGCUGUAAACUGUGUACUAAUAUGGUGGAAAAUAUUCACCAAUUGGUCGAUCAUUUGAUGACCGAACAUGGGAUGUAUUUUGAUAUCAAUGCAGGGUUAUGCAUGAUCCCCUUUGAGUUGGACGAGAAAAAGCAAUGUAUAGUUUGCGAGAUUCCAAUGAAAUCGUAUGGUAAUUUAGUUGCGCAUAUGGUCAAAAAACAUAUUAAUGUGACCAAAAUGUUUUGCGCAGUUUGUAACACAAGAUUUAAGAGUACAACACAGAUUUGUUCUCACGUCCAAGGUGUUCAAAAUGAAACUUCCUGCUCAGAAUGUAGUGUUAACUUAGAAGCUAGUCAUUUAGGGGAUCACAUGCGCGGCGUUCACGGUAAACGAUAUAGGUGUUUAGCUUGCUGGGAGUUUUUCAAGACGCAUUACCAAAGAUCUUUGCAUAUGGCGUCGAUACACAAGCGAAGGGAGCUUUUUAAAUGCCUAUACUGUCCAAGGACAUUCAUUUUUGCAAGUAUCCUUCGCAGGCAUAUACGGGAAAGGCAUUUGAAAGAGAGAAAUGCGAUUUGCCAUAUCUGCGGUUGGAAGACGUUUGGACAGCAUGAACUAAAAGCACACAUGGUUAAACAUGUCAGUGUGAAGGAGCAUAAAUGUCCGUUUUGUGAAAAAAUGUUUAAAAGUAAGAAGAAUAUGCGACAGCAUUGUGUUAAGAGUCAUCAAUGAAUUGUUAUUUAA